AUAUCUCGACGACAUCAACUGUUGAUCUCGAAGAAAAGCUCAAUUGCAGUCUUGAGUCGCAAUUGCAAGGUCUGAAAGACAAGGUCGAUUGAGGCGAACCUGCCGGGCUAGUGUGCGAUUUAAUAAGAGUUGGAAUCCCGGAGCGAUAGCGGAGCAAAGACACUGAGAAGUUGGCCGUUCCCAAACAGCCGUCAAUAUGGUUUCCAAGGUCGAUCAAGAGAUAGAACACCCCGAUUCCGGGUCAGGCACGGUAGUAAAGGAUCUGUUCGCCGGCGCGGUAGGAGGAGUAGCACAAGUUCUGCUCGGUCAGCCCUUCGACAUCGUCAAGGUCCGGUUACAAACCACAACACAAUACUCCGGCGCCCUGAAUGCCGCAACAAGCAUCUACAAGAACGAAGGCGCCCUUGCUUUCUACAAGGGAACACUGACGCCGUUGAUUGGAAUCGGUGCCUGCGUGUCCGUCCAGUUCGGUGGCUUCAACUUUGCGCGCCGCUACUUCGAAGCCCAGAACACAGCGAAGACCGGCAACGGCGCGCUGUCUUACUCGCAAUACUACACCGCUGGCGCUUUUGCUGGUAUCGCAAACACUGCGCUUUCUUCGCCCAUCGAGCACAUUCGUAUCCGUCUUCAGACGCAGCCCAGCGGAGCUGCACGGCUGUACAACGGCCCCAUCGACUGCGUGCGUAAGCUCUCGGCACACCAAGGAGUGCUUGGCGGUGUCUACCGCGGAACAGCUGUGACUUUCCUUCGAGAAGCGCAGGCGUACGGUGUCUGGUUCACCACCUUCGAGUACCUGAUGAACUCGGAUGCGGCGCGCAACAACAUCAGGCGCGAGGACAUCUCGACACUGAAAGUUGCCGCAUAUGGCGGUCUUGCGGGAGAGAUGUUGUGGCUCAGCAGUUACCCCUUCGAUGUUAUCAAGAGCAAGAUGCAGAGUGAUGGCUUCGGCAAGGAUCAGAAGUACAAGAGCAUGCGCGAUUGCUUCUCUAAGGUGUGGGCGCAGGAGGGUGCAAGAGGUUUCUGGAAGGGUAUUGGGCCGACACUGCUGAGGGCUAUGCCGGUCAGUGCUGGAACAUUCGCUACCGUCGAGGUUACCAUGCGUUUGAUCAGCUAGACGGGAAAUUGUACAAACUCGGGAGACACUAGGAUGUAACCGGGGAUUUCAACAUCUUACGAGGACACGAGUCUUUGGCAUAUGGGGAUUGCAUAGAUUCGACCAC